AUGGACAGCUCACCACCCUCAUCUCCUGUUCAGUCAAGCAGUCCACCUUCAUCCCCUGCUCAAAUGAACAGUCCCACAAUUCAGUCUUCACCUGACUCCUCAAGUCCAUCAGGAAUGACUCUCUUGUUAAAUGCCUCACAUCUGAGUGUUUCACAGCAAAGCAAACCUGCACCUUCUCAAGCAGAUGAGAGCCUAUUCUUCAGGAGUGACAAAAUGUCAAAUUCUCAAUUGUCAAGGAAGUAUCUUUCAUACCCCACCAAUCCAGCUCCAUUGGAGCUUCAUUAUGCAGCUCAGGUGAUGAAGUCAAAAUUCCAACUGGAAUUCUCAUUGGAAGAAACACAGAAGCUUCAAGAACAAUUGGAGAGCGGCCUCUCCCAAUUGUCAACUCCAACCUUGUACAAAGGAUACAAGGCCAAGCUCGCAAGUCGUGAGGUUGCGCGCCAACGCAUGGUGUUGGCAACAUGGGAAAUUGAUGAGGCCACACAAUAUGAAGCAUUCCUCAUGAGCAUCUAUGGUGAAAAUGAACAACAGUUCAAGAUGGCAGAAGGGGAAUUGCAGGGCUUCAAAAGAAUUUUUUCACAGUGUGGCCAGGCAGAACUUGAAGACAAUAAGCAAUAUCUUCAAGCCGUCUAUGAGGACAAAUGCGAGAUCCUCCAUGUCAGUAGUACCCAAACUGACCAGAUUGCAAAACUCCUCAGUUCACGUGUCAAGCAGGCAUUUUUGAAGCCUACUGCAGCAUUUCCUCUUCACCCUAACAGUGGACUUCCCUGCAUCGGCACUAGGGAACCCUCUGAACCCUCAGACCCAGAGAUGUCUGAUGAAUCUUAUCUAGACGAGUUACCAGAAGGCUCGGAUCAUGGCUCUGAAGAUUCAUCCAAAGGUGCGGGCUCUGAAAAGUCAGCUGGCUGA